AUGAAAAAGAUCUUUGUUUUAUUUUUUGUUUUUUUAUUUAAAAUAUGGAGAGAAACUGCUGAAUGCUCCAAAUACCCAAAAAGAAAAAGACAUGGAGCUGGUGUGAAAGAAAAUUAUUUAAAAAACGAGAAUUUAAAUAAUUACAGUUUCAUGAUGGCUAACCAAAAUGAUGAAAAAGUUAUGAAUGAGAACGCAAAGAAUAUCAAUAAUAACAACGUGAAUAAUAAUAAUAACAUGAACAACAAUGUGAAUAAUAAUGACAAUAAUAAUAAUAAUAAUGAUAACAAUAAUAACAAUAAUAACAAUAAUAACAAUAACAAUAAUAAUAAUGACAACAAUAACAAUAAUAAUAAUGACAACAAUAAUAACAAUAACAAUAAUAAUAACGAAGAAAAAAAAGGUGAUGUCCAACCCGAACAAAAAAUUAAUAAAGAAAACUUAUUAGAAUAUGGAACACAUGACAAGAAUGGACAUUUCAUUCCUUCUUACAAAACUCUAACAGAUGAAAUAUUAUCGACAAGCAAUGCAUUGGAACGAGCUUCAAAUUACCUAAAAAUCACAUGCUCUCAUCUCAUGAAAAUUCUCGAAUUUAUUCCAGACUCGAAGAUAUCAUCACAAUAUAUAAAGGUUGAUAAUAAAAAUGUCUACUUAAAAGACAUUAAUACUGAUUGCCAAGAUAUUUUUUUUAAUUUAGAAAAAUUAACUAUGACUACCAUUGUUCUUAAUUCAAAAAUCAAUAAGUUGGUAUAUGUUCAGGACUCUUAA